AUGUCCACUUACGAUAUCAAGGGCAAAUAUGCCAUUGUCACUGGUGCUGGAUCUGGCAUCUCCCUGGCAUUUAUGCAGCAGCUUCUUGACGGAGGCUGCUCAGUCAUGAUCGCAGAUGUAAAGCUUCGACCUGAAGCCGAGGCACUCGUGGCCAAGUACGCCACUAACGACACCACCACCCCUUCGAUCGAUUUUCACAAAACGGAUAUGAGUGACUGGGGACAAAUUGCUGCUCUGUGGAAGAAGACUCUCGAAACAUUUGGCCGCAUUGAUAUUGUGGUCAACGGUGCUGGUGUCUACGAGCCCCCCUCCAGCACGUUCUGGAACGCGCCUGGCAUCUCUCCCCUAGCUGGGGACAAGGUAGACGCCUCACCGGGUGUUUAUUACACAUACGCAGUAAACACCAUGGGGCCUAUCCGACUCGCUCAGAUUGCCAUUGAUUACUGGCUGCAAAACCGGGAUGUUGAGGGCAACUUGCUCUGGAUCGCCAGUCUUGGAGGCUAUGUCCAUUCCCUCCACACGCCCCUCUACUUUUCCAGCAAAGCGGCUAUUGUGAGCUUUGUCCGAUCUCUAGGCCAACUGCGAAAACGCCUGGGUAUUAGGAAUGCAGCUGUUUGCCCUGGCGCUGUUUAUACACCAAUUUUUCACCCCGAAUACUGCCGCGAUAGAGUGCACCCCGAUGACCUGACCCUAACACCUGAGCAAUGCGCCUCGGUUAUGAUGCGUGUCCUAAGCGAGCCACAAUAUGGCGAUGGCAAUAUUAUUGAAACGCUACUGAUUGGAACGAAGGAUAACUCCUCUAUCAAUGUUCGUGAAGUGCCUUUAGAGGCAUUGUAUCCUACUGUAGGCCCAGUUGGGCAGGAUAACCACUUACUUGAGGAGGAGGAGAAGUUGACCAAGCAACUCCAGGAGAAGGGAAUGCGGCAAUAA